CGUUUUUCAAAAACAAUCCCGGGAAAAUAGCAUCUCAAACUAAUCGUUUUUAGUUAGCUACUACAACUAAAACAAGGAACAUGGUUCAGGAGUUUCAUGUCUUAAGAUGCUGUUCUUGCCAAACCUACCAAGUGCAACAGGUAACUUAAGUUUGCUAGUUGUAGAAGGAGUAAACAUUCUAGUUAGCAAUGUUGCUAACCUGUUAACUUAGCUAGCUAUCUUCAAACUUGCGUUGCAUGUGUAAACAUAAUAUUUGCUCGCUUGAUUGCAGGUUAAAAAGAGCAAAAAAUGGAACUGCAAGCUGUGUGGGGAAAAGCAGUCGGUCAUCAAGGUAAGACAGCUAAUGAUUUGUUCGAACCACACAUUUGACAAACAAGUAAAGUAUUUGUAAACAAAAAAUAAUAAUAAUGGGUUGUUCGAUAUCGCAGCCGACAGACUGAUAUAUAAAUAAUGACUAAUUAUUAUUUGUAAGUCAGUCAGUCACAAUUUACCCAUGAUAAUUCACGGUUUUGAUGCUCUCGAACAUGGCCAAUGUGUUUGUUGUGUAACCUUUCUAGGUGUUUGGGCGUGGCUCUGGAGUGGAUUGCAGACGUCAUGUUCAGAAGCUCAAUGCCAGGCGUGGAGAGAUACUUGAAGAGCAGGACCAGAAAGCCUGGUCACGAUGGUAACGCUACUGUUAUUUAAAUGUCACUCUCACCACUGUCUACUCCACCCUGCCAGGAAGCAAGCAGAGUACCGAGCAUUCCAUUUCCUAUGAUUUGCAUUACUGAAUUUAAAUAGGCCAAGGCAGAAAUGGCAGUCUAAAUAAUAUUACUGUGGAAUGUAUUUAUCUUUAUGCACUCAAGCCUGUUUGGGUGUUGUGUGGUGUGAGAAGACUUGGAUUCACAUAUGUCACUUUCCCCUAGCUUAAUUUCCAGGUGAGAUGUAAAAUGUGUGCCUAAAUGAACUAUAUCAUGCUAUGUCUCUUUCUUUAUUCUUUGUGAUAGGGAGGAGGUGGACGAUGUGGCUGAAGAAGAGGUGGUAGACAAAGCUCAGGAGUGUUGUGACCAGAAUGUGAGUUCACACCAUUGUUACUGCUCAUCACUUGUUUUGGACACACACACAUGUAUUUGACAGUCAAUUGAAUGUAGGCACAGGCAGUCGGGUACAAACUGAACAUGCCUUGCAUUCCCAUACUUAGUUUAGGGCAGCAGCCCUAACCAAUAACUCAUGUUGUCCAUUGAAUAUCAUAAGAAAACAACAUUGUUUACCAUUCAAACUACCGGUAAAUGAAUAAUUGUAUUUCUGUAGGCAGAAGAGGCUAAUGGGAGUCGCUGGAGUAAAUACCUGCAGACGAGCGAUGAAGGGGCGGGCCAAGAAGAGGCUGAGGAAGAGGAGAAUGUUUACAUGGACAGAAAGCAUCUCCAAGGCAACAUACAUGUCAGGUAUGCCCAUGACUCAUGCAGGCUAAUUAUUGUGUUAUGUUUGUGCCUAAACAGUGGCCUACAUGUCACACCUGUGUCAUCAGACGAUCAAUUGGCCACCAUUCUAAACACUGAUCCAAAACCAUACCUGAGUAAUCAACUGCACCACUUAUCAUUGUUGAAGUUGACUAUUCAGUCCACUUUAAUGUGAUUGUUUAUUUUCUGUAAAAAACCUUCUAACCCUUCUCUAUACCACAGCAUCUCUGUUUAGACUGAGCAUAGGUAUUUGUGACAGCAUGGAUUAUUAAUGUGGCCCAACAGAAAGAGGAAGCGAGGUAGAGGAGAGAAUGAGGGGAGUGGAUAUCACAGUGGAGAAGAGGACACCAUGCCUCCUACACAAGGCUGGAGGAUGAAAGGGAAGUCGGCUAAUGUAAGCAGCUAAUGCUAAUUCAUACUAGCACAUGUCCAAGCAGUCUGUUCCUUGUAUGUACUAAUAUGCUUCCUCUGGUUCGCUUUUUACCACAGCCGCCACAACACAACAGACACCCCAGCUCAUUGGCGUCUGUACAAUGGUCUCCCAAACAGUCAGCUCCCUGCAGACCACCAGUCCCAGCUUACAGCAAACCCCCUACUGUAAUUGAACCACCCUCAACUACCAGCAGCAAACCCUCUUCAACCUCAGCCCCCUACAGAGCCAAUACAGCGAGGACCUCACAACCUUCUGGAUCCUCGGGUACUGCGGUGUCACAGACCUCCAAAUGGGCCCAGUUUCUAACUUCUGCCCCUCCUGAGGAAGAUGAGACCAACUGGAGUGGGAGUACAAUGCAGAUGGAUGAGUUCCAAACCACUGGUUCAAUGUUCUCAAAUGUGGUGCUCAAACACCAGAACUAUACAAAAGCCCCUAUAGGACAACUGGGCUGUAGUGGUAUUUCCAUAUUGGGUGGGGAUAGUGGUUUUCUGGGGCAGAGCACAGGGAAGACAUUUGAUAGGCUGAAGUCAACUAUCACUCAUUGUGGAUUUGGGGAGGCAGCCAAUAGCGAAGGAGGUCCUGCCCAUAUGGCAUUACCUGUGAGCGAAGCACCAGUCUGUCAUCAGCCCCCGCCCACCAAGCGCCCAUGCCCCGACCUCUCUCUGGUGACCCUGUUCUACACGGAUGACGACUUUGAUGACACAUUUUAA